CUAUCGUACUCUCUGCAGUAGCCCCAUGUGCACACCAUCGCCGCGCCCAACGCGAAAGGAAUCCAAUGACGAGGACGAGAAAAAGCUAACACUAGCAGGGGGGUCGUGCUGUCAGUUUGCCCUUCGCAGCCGAUCUUUCUCUGCGGUUCUCCCCUCCCAUCAUCACCCGCAGGGCGCUACCUUUGAGCGUGUGGACCGGCGGCUGGUGCGGAUCGGAUCUCCACAGCAACAACUUUUCGUCUCGAUCUGGUCCGGUAGUUUUGAGGUUCCGGUAGGUCUUGGAUCUGAAGCGCAACCAAACUCCGCUUUUUAUGAACUCAGGUGAUAGUCAAGAGGCAAUGCGGCCGUUGGACAAGAAGUGCUACAGCUACAUCACCAAUGGGGCGGCGGCGAGCGGGAGGCCGCAGCGCACGAAUCCAGAGCCGACCCGGCCCAAGCCGACGCCGUCCAAGUGGGACGACGCGCAGAAGUGGCUCGUCGGCAUGUCCAGCGGUCGCGCCGACGGGGUCCGCGGUUUCGCCGGCGCGGCCAGGGCCAGGAACUCCAACGCCGACGACCGCCGCCUCCUCAGCUCGUCCUCGCAGAACGGACGGGUGUCGUGCAGCAGCGUGGACGGCGCGCUGGGGUACAGCAUGGUGGUGACCGCGCCCCCGACGCCGCCGCUGCAGGGCGAGGGCGCCGACGACGUGGGGGAGACCAAGAAGAUCGACUGCAUGGUGCAGCAGCACGGCUCGCCCGUCGCGGAGAUCCGGUCCGUGUGCCUGCGGGACAUGGGGACGGAGAUGACGCCCAUCGCUAGCAAAGAGCCGUCCAGGACAGCCACGCCCCUGCGUGCCUCCACCCCUGUAGCGCGGAGCCCAAUCUCCUCGAGGUCGUCCACCCCAGCGAGGAGACGCCAGGAAAGGCCUAUGGCCGUUACCACCGCCGUUGUAGGGACGACGACCGAGCCGGUGCCGCCACGCCCGGUCGGUUGUGCCGGCGAGGAGGGGCCCAUGGACGCUCAUGUGCCCAGCAGCGCGAACUCGCUGGAGUCGCGCGCGGCAGCCUGGGAUGAGGCGGAGCGGGCCAAGUACACGGCGAGGUAUAAGCGUGAAGAGGUGAAGAUACAGGCCUGGGAGAACCAUGAGAAGAGAAAAGCUGAGAUGGAGAUGAAGAAAAUGCAGAUGAAGACCGACCAGAUGAAAGCACGGGCUCAAGAGAAGCUGGCCAACCGGCUGGCCGCGACGCGGCGGAUAGCCGAGGAGAAGCGGGCAAGCGCAGAGGCGAAGCUCAACGAGCGUGCGGCGAGGACGUCAGAGAAGGCCAACUACAUCAGGAGGACAGGGCACCUGCCAUCCUCCUUCAAAAUGCCGUGCUUGUGCGGCUGAAGCUUGAGCAGAGCUAGAAGAAAUUGACUGUGACACCAUGCCUCGUCAUUUUUUCUGGCACUGUUUGAGACCACCCAGCCGACGGCCAAUCGUAGCUCCAAAGUCGAGUUCAGACAAUGAGCCCGUGCUUUUCUGUGCUAAUGCAUUGUCAGAAUCAAUCUGGCUGCCUGGCUUCUUAUAACAAGGUAACCGGCUGUUCGGGCCAUGAUUUGAAAUGGGAAAAAAAAACUUCAUGGGAUAAUAUACACCCUCCGAACCCAAACAGGUCAUUUAGGACAUAAGCAUAGUUUUCAAACGACAGUUUGACUUGUAAUUUUUAGAUGUUUACUUUUUUUUAAUAGAGAAAGCUCAAUAUUUUAAAAGUAUUUUUCACGAGGGCUCUUUUGAAAUCAGACGUUUGUUGUGAGCCCACAUCUCUAUGAGAAAAUUUCUUAUUUGCCAUCAAAAUUUAUAGUGCU